AUGAGCAACAAACUAUAUCUAUCUGAGCUCAACUUAUUGAGUCUAGGCAUCUGGCCAAAUCAAGAAGGAAAAGUAAUGUUAGAUUCAAAAUUAUUAUAUAAUAAAAAAUUAGAAUAUUGGUCCUUUAUUUGGGUUUAUGGUAAAGAAGUCUGCGAAAACCAAGCAGAUUAUAUUCAUGUGAUGGCCAUAGAUCCUAGAGUUCGACUAGCCCUUGAUAAUCUUAUUUCAUACACUGCUAGAACACCAGCAAAAAAAUGUAAUUCCAUGAAACAUGCUUAA